AUGUGUCGCAUCAUCAACUUCCUGCUAGCUCUGCUGAGCCGUUUCCUGUUUGCCGUGCACGGCGUGGUGACCGUGUGGCGUGUGGUCGCCGUCAAAGGGGAGCCCCUCUAUUGGCUGCUGCUGAUGGGCGUGGCUCUGCUGGGGGUGGAGAUGGCAGUCACCAUCAAGUGUACCCGCAACGCAGAGUGGAAAUGGUAACGUCUAUAUAAUGUCUAUAGCCUUACAGUGCCUUCUACAGCAAUGACACAAAGCUAAUAAUGAUGAUCACUCAGGAUCAUUACCUAUCAUACACAAUAAAGUCUUAUAAUGACUGCAUUAAAAUGCAUUAUACCUGUUGGCAAAGAAAAGUAUUAGCCAAACUGGUUCUGGCACCAAUGUUAUGUUGUAAGAAUAAACACAUAUGAAUAUGCCAGUGCUUCCUCCUCCAGUAACCUGUCCCUCUAACAUCAGCCACUUAUGCUGCACAUACUUCCAAUUCGUAUACACACUCACAUUCUCAAGUAAUUUAGAAGCACUCUGCUCCAUUAUAGUGCAUGACCUCGAUAUAGCGUCCUCCUCACCAUCUAUUCUCCAUAUUUUUCACAGUGCACGCACACGCACACACACACAAUACACAAUGUAAGACUUACACCUCCAUUUUUGCACCAUCUUUAUUAUCUAUUCCUGUCUUGGGAGUCGUAGCCCAAGUGGAAAACCUAAUGAAAAACAAUCAAACAGCCCCAGGGUUACACAGCAAUUGUAAUAAUGAUUAACCACACAAAUGAACUCAUUAAUUUCAUGCGAGGAAAAUGAUUUUUCCUUUCCUGUUCAUGUUGCGAUAAAUGGAAAUUUUAGAUAGAAAGACAUUAGCAAAUAAACCCGUUGGCCUGGCUGUCUUCGCAUUCUACACAGCUCUGCCUGUUUUAUAUUUUUUACAGGGGUGGAAUAGGGGUUGAAGGGUUGUAGUUGUCUCCACAUAAACCUUUUUGUAUGGGGAUAAAUCAUCUGUGACCUCACCACUGUACUGGUGGAACUAUUGUACGAGGUGGUGAGCGGCAGAUACAGUGAGCCACUUAUUGUAUGCAUCUCUCUCCACGUAUAGCUCUCCAUCUCUAUAUAUACAGUAUAUCUCCCUAAAAAAAUUAUAUGUCCUUCAAUAACUCUCUGUCUCUCUCGCUUGCUGGAAGCACUGUCAUUUUCCAUGAAAAGCCAGUCUAUUUAUGUGACUCUUACUCCUUUUCUCACCGUCGUCUCCUGCAUGGCCUACAUGGCUCAGGGCCCCGAACUGAAUUAACAUAAACGCUGGAUGACCUCUAUUCCACACCCUUCAAAGGGAUGACAGGAAAUUAUGUCAUUGCCGAUUCAAACGCAACAGGGGAAUGAUUCCUCCAUCGAUCCUAAUGAUGCUGCAGAAGCCAGCCCUCAUAUUUCCUCCAUGUGCAGGGGGGCAUGCUGUGACGGAAACUUACUCCAGGCCCCUCUCUCCCUCUCACUUUGAAGUUCUCUCCUCGUGGAGAAGGCUUUGCGCUGUCAAGUGGGAUUUGCAUACAUGAUGAGAAUAAUUGGCCAUCUGAAAUGGGACUCUUCUGGAAGGCUUACUUCUUAUACUGACUGGCCAAAAAAUGUGUGUGUGUUGCUAAAAAUAGCUUCCCCCUUCCCUCCUCGUCGCUUUACUUUUAGGUUCUCCCCCAUGGUUUUCCUCUACCUCAGUACCGUCAUCCCCUCCAUUUGGUUCCUGGAGCUCAGCCUGCUGCAGUACAAGCUCCCGGUCAACAUCUCCUCUGGCCCCGAGCUAGAAGAGCUGCUGGCUCACAUCCCCAUCUCAGCGGUAGGUAUCACACUACAAACCCCCCCCGCCCCCCCGCCACAUUUAACUGAUACCUGAUGACAGAUAAGUUAUUAAUCUCUAGGGAAUCAAUUAUAAGGCAGGAUGAGGGAAAUGUAAUCAACACAUUGAUUGAGAUGAAGUCCGGAUUAGACUCACUUGAAGAUACUGUCAGAUAUAUCUGUGAUGGGUGAUUUUGGGGAUAUUUCUUUCAUAUGGGAUUUGGGAAUUUUUCUACUUUUGAAGUUUGGGGACAGAAUUGAUUUGAAUCUUGGAGACCAAGAUAAUGACAAUUGAGUCAGGAUAUAUUCCCUCUUCAAAGCUCUAAUGUGUGCAUUUUAUCUUCUGGUGAAGGAGCAUUUUUUAAGAUACACAGCAACUUUCUUAGAAGACAAUAAAGUAUCAUCUCAUUGUGUGCUGUGUUGACUGAAACAGGACAUCUUGCAGCUCGACCCAGAGAACUGGGCGGCAGGGCUGGAGCAGACCAUGCUCAUCGUAUUGGUGCUGGGCCGCUGGCUCAUGCCCAAAGGAGACAUGUCCCGCGACCAGCUCUCCCAGCUCCUCAUGGUCUACGUGGGCCUGGGUGCUGACAUCCUGGACAUCUUUGACACCUUCAAGGAGCCCGAGGUCAAGACCAACCGGGCCGUCAUCAUCAUGGGCCUCACCCUCUUUUCCUGGGCCCUCAUGCAGUUCCCCCUGGUCCUGACCCAGACCAGCCCUCCCAAGGCCCAUCUCCAGCCGUGUUUGUCCCAGCCCAUCUCCCCCCAGCGGGGCCUCUCUCAGGGGGGAAGCGUGGCUGUAGUGGAGGGACUGCCUGGAGCUCACCCCUCCUGCUAUAGACCGUGCUGCUCCAGUGAAGUGUGGAGUCUGCUGUUGACUGUGGGGCUCCAGGACGGGCCGUUCCUCGUCUACCGUCUCUACCUCAUGAUCAGGGAGAAUGUUCUCAACCAGCUAAUGAUCUUCUUCACCUGUAAGAACAUCCUUGUUGUCCUGCUGGAGUUCUACAGGAUCUUUGUGGUGCAGUGUGAGCAGCAGGGGGAGGCAUGCCUAGGGGGGCUGGAGAGGUGUGCAAUGCCCUGGUGCCAACAAGUCCAGGAGGAGGAGGUGGAGGGGGAGGGAAGAGGACAGGAGAGCGGAGAACAGAACUGCCAGACAGAGAUGGAGGGGGAGAUGGUGGAGGGGGACGGGGACGGGGACGGGGAGGGGGAGGGGGAGGAAGAGGGGAAGGGGAAGCGGGAGGGUGGCGGGGAAGGGGAGGAAGAUCAGGAUGAGGAGGAGGGAGGAAAGGAAAGUGGAGAACAGAGCUGCCAGACAGAGGUGGAGGUGGAGGGGGAGAGACAAAUAAUCAGAUCAGAAGGGUUGCCGGAUGUAGAGCCUACGUUGCCGUGA